CCCUGUCAUCAACGUUGCUCGCCACCGCCAUCAUCGACGCCGAAGCCUGCAAGGCCACCGCCGGUGCUCACGUCGACGACUUACGCACCCAAGACAACGAAGAUGUCGCGUCUUCCUCGGCUUCAGUCGCCUCCAACGGCCGUGCCGCCAACGAUCACGACGCGCAAACGUGCCGCAGAACAAGAACAACUGGCACCCAUCAGUCGCAAGCGCAAGGCCGUCGACGACGAUGAAGACGAGGACGAGGCGCGAGACCAGCCGCGCAAGCUGCCUGCGAUCGGCAUAGGGCGCGCGAAACCGCUGCAACCAUCGCGGUCGACGACGAACACACUCGCUCGACCCACCACUCGUUCAGUAUCCGGCGGCAGCCUCGCUCAAUCCAACAAUGCGCGCCCCAAGCUCACUGUACCUCGCGGGCCCGCACCCUCCCGAUCAACGAACCUCGGCCGCUCGACCCGCGGCACGAGCGCCCCGCCCGCGGGCGCCUCCUCCGUCAAGCCACCGUCCCGCCCGGGCUUCAACGUCUCCACCAACCGCAAGCCACCCUCUGCUUCCU